AUACUAGAAUUUUAUUGCACAAAUGGUAUACCACUCAUUCAACUAGCUCUUGAGAGAUGGCAGCUGUAGUUCCAGACUCCUCCAGUGAUUCCAUAUUUGGCAAGGAAAAUGGUGUUCACCCUCCCAAACAGCUCGAUGCUGGAGCGUUGUUUGUCCUCAAAUCCAAAGGAUCAUGGUUGCACUGUGGAUACCAUUUAACCACAUCAAUCGUAGCACCGGUGCUUCUGAGUCUUCCCUUUGCUCUAGCCUUACUAGGCUGGGUUGGAGGAGUUGUAUGCUUAAUCCUUGCAGGUUUAGUAACUUUCUAUUCCUACAAUCUUCUAUCUGCGGUUUUGGAACACCAUGCACAACUUGGUCAGCGCCAGCUUCGGUUUAGGGACGUGGCUAGUGAUGUUUUAGGACCUAGAUGGGGCAAAUAUGUUGUUGGGCCACUUCAAUUUGGGAUAUGCUAUGGCGCAGUUGUGGCUGGCAGCCUUCUGGGAGGGCAGAGCCUUAAGUUCAUUUACUUGCUCCAUAACCCAAAUGGGACUAUGAAGCUUUACCAGUUUAUUAGUAUUUUUGGAGUACUAAUACUGUUUUUAGCUCAAAUUCCAUCCUUCCACUCGCUGAGGCAUAUCAAUCUUGUCUCUCUAACCCUUUGCCUUGCUUUCAGUGCUUGUGUCACAGCCGGUUCCAUACACGUCGGAUAUUCCAGGAAUGCUCCUACUAGGGACUAUUCCUUCAAUAGCUCCGGAGUAAAUCGUGUUUUUGGUGGUGUUAAUGCUGUUUCAAUCAUUGCUACUACAUAUGCCUGUGGAAUUAUUCCUGAAAUACAGGCAACUAUAGCUCCUCCAGUCAAGGGUAAAAUGUUCAAAGGUUUAUGCGUCUGUUACUCUGUUAUACUCGCGACUUUUUUCAGCGUUGCAAUCUCUGGGUAUUGGGCAUUUGGCAAUCAGGCUAUGGGGACAGUUCUUUCAAAUUUUAUGGGUAAUGGACAGCCUUUGCUACCAACUUGGUUUCUCUUGAUGACCAAUAUUUUCAUUCUUCUGCAAAUAUCAGCUGUCACAGUGGUUUACUUGCAACCAACAAAUGAAGUGUUUGAAAAGUGGUUUGCAGACCCCAAAAUGGAUCAAUUUUCCAAUCGUAACGUUGUGCCAAGGUUGAUUUCCCGGUCAAUAUCAGUGAUUAUAGGUACAUUAAUUGCGGCUAUGCUACCUUUCUUUGGAGAUAUCAUGGCAGUUUUGGGGGCAUUUGGAUGUAUUCCUCUAGAUUUUAUUUUCCCCAUGGUUGUCUACAAUGUGACUUUCAAGCCCUCAAAGCGUGGCCUAGUAUUUUGGGGUAACAUGUUCAUUGCAGUAGCAUCUACAGCAUUGGCCGCCGUAGGCGCAAUAGCAUCAAUUCGACAAAUAGUUAUCGAUGCCAAAGCAUAUCGUUUAUUUGCUAAUAUGUAAAAAUAUUUGGUGUAGCAGAUAUAGUAGAAGAACCAGAACAAUGUAUCAUGUAUGAUUCUUAAGCAGCGAUAUAUGUCUGGAAAACUUAGGAGAAAUGCGUGAAGCACGCCAUAAUGCAAUGCUAUUGGUU